AUGUCCCGAGUUUUAAAUACCCAAGUCGAUGUUGAAGUAGCCAUCAACGGUUAUGUGACCCCUAGCGAAGACUAUUUUAACCGAGGCACCUCUUCGCCGGUUCUGUCGCUGUCGAAUCGGGAUCGGGAUCGGGAUCGUCGAGAGAAGAGGCCACCCCCGGUUCCUCUCCGUGCCCCGCCUAACGCUGAUAGCCUAGCUAGGAUGAUCUCCAACGCCAGGAAGUCAAGAGGCGGGAAGAAGAUUGGAAUUCGGGAUCGAAUAUGUUGUCAUCAAUGGACUUGGUUCACGAUGACUAUGGCAACCGGUGGCGUCGCCAACGUCCUCCACUCCGUAUGGACCCCGUACCGCGCCGACUGGCUCUGUACAGCCACCAUAUUAAUCAACACCUGCGAAUACGGAAUCCCCAUGACCGGCCCCUGGUUGCAGCGCGUGAUGGAAUGGCUAUUCUGGAUCUAUAUCGUUGUCAGUGUGGUGGCGAGCGCUGGCAUGUACCUGAUCUUAUGGUCUACUCAGAUCUUUCCUAUCCACACCAUGACGCCUGUCUGGGUUUUCCCAGCUUAUCCCCUUCUCCUGACCGCCCCGUUUGCCAGUACGCUCAUAGCAGCAAAUACGGCCGCUUCGGAUAACCCGCCGGUCGAUAGGUUAGCGAUCGCGAUGUGCGCAAUAGCGGUGCAAGGGACUGGGUUUCUCAUUAGCUUCAUGAUAUGCGCUGCGUUUAUCUAUCGACUUAUGACUCAGAAGUUACCGAGAGAUAUGCAACGGCCGGGUGUUUUUAUUUCAAUCGGACCUAGCGGCUUCACAGUAGCAGGAUUAGUCUCCCUUGGCCAGCAAUCCAACGUCGUUAUCCCGGACAACUUUCAGGGCUCGACCCACAGCGUCGUGAUCCUGCGACUGCUCUCGACCAUCGUCGGGUUGUGGCUUUGGGGCCUCAGCGUCUGGUUUUUCCUGGUUUCGGUCGGCUCCCUUCUGAAAUACGUACGCCCCGAACGCAAGAUGCCUUUUCAGAUGACCUGGUGGUCCUUCGUCUUUCCAAACACAGCCCUCGUAACUGCUACGUUGGCGCUAGCAGCUGCCCUUGGUAGUACUGGACUUCGUAUCACCGGCUGUGCAAUGGCCGCCGUCCUAAUCGUCGUCUGGGCGCUUGUCUUUAUUUCCAUGUUACGGUGUCUCUGGAAUAAAGAGCUACUGUGGCCGAAGGAGUUAGAGAGCGAGUAG